AUGUCAGCUGCUGACCCAGCUCCUGUGGUACCAUCGCCGCAGAAUCACAGGGCAAGUAAGAAACUACAGCUUGAGCUGCUCAUUCGCGAAUUCCAGACGAAAUUAGGACCAAAAUGGGAUGUUUAUCACGAAGCGCUCACGUUUUUUUUGAUAGGAAAGCUUUCGCGUGCGGAGUUGGUUGAUACUGUGUCUCCUCUCUUGAAGAAUGGAUUACUCAAAUUGCACAACAAGCUUCUAAUACUCAACUUCGCCAAUUCCCUUCAGGAUAGUCCGGCCGAAUUUUGUAGUGAUUUGGCUUCCUUUUGGAGUAAGAAAAACGCAAAAACGAAGAACGUCAAAUCCACACAGUACGAGAAAUUCAAACAGAAUAUCAUGGGGUUACCCCUAAAAGAAAGAAGAAGAAUCCGCCUGAUUACUAGAGACAGCGGGAAGAGAAACAAAAUCAACGCAUAUUUGACUUUAACCCGUCAGGCAUUACUUCCCAAGAUUCCAUUCAUUCUGGAUCGUGAAGAACAACAACUCCAGGUCAAUAAUUUGGUGCAGUGGCAGCAAGAUGUCGUCACUGGAAUCAAUACUCCACUUUCUCUGUCAUCUUAUGAGCUUCCCGACCUAGAGGGUUUGUCGAGACGAGUUCUUAUGACGAUGAGAGAAAAUGGUCUCACUGGUGGUCUCAAUUCUCGAGUUUUGGAUGUGAUUUCUUUGGGAUUGGAAAUUCACCUCAAGAAUAUUUUGGAAUCUGCCAUUGACACCGUUCGGUAUCGUAAAAACAAGUAUGGCGCCAACAACACCCUUCUCUCCAUUCAAAAUGGCGACCUCUUGUCUGAUAAUCUCAAGUCAUUGAACGGCCUCUCUAUGCUGCCGAGGAAACGGAAGCAUGAUGAAACAGUCAGCACCAAUCCCAACAUAAUUAUGUCUUCUGAAGAUUUGUUCAACACGUUCGAGAUGUUUCCACACCUUAUCGAGCCAUGUGGUCCAAAGUAUAAAUUGGCAAGUUCGUUGCUUCAAAAUGAUGACAUGAUAGAUUACAACUCGCCGGAUUAUACUCUCCCUCCAAAACCAGCCUCUCUUUAUGUUCCAGAUACUCUCAAGAGCUCAUUUGCUUCCAGUACGAAUGGUACAAUAAAGGCUGGAGAGGAGCCAGCAGCAAAGGUUCCCAAAUUGGAAGAGGAUCUAAAAAAAGAGCCAGAUUCUUCUGUUGCAAAAACCGCUCAAAAUGCUGCGAAGCCCUCCGCAAACUCUUCGGAGAACAACUUUGGCACCACCGAUGAACUCAAAUGGGUAUUGCAUGAUUUGAUUACUUCGCUGUGA